UCUUAAUGAGUCAGCACAUAGCUUCAAAUCCAAUAAUUAAAUAACUUUGCUAAAAUCAUCCAACAGAAUAAUUUACAAACUUUUGCUAAAAUCCUGAAUGCUUAAAACCUUUGUGUCCAGAAUGUAUUGAAUCUCAUACUAAAUAUCAUUAACAAGUUUAAACAAGCGCCGAUAUUGACAGUUUUAAAAAUGUUAAAUAACAAUGUUUAAGAAAGGUUAGCACUGGAAUAUAAGAAAUACAGAAAAUUAUUUAAGAUGCUGAUUAAUAUGGAUUAAAUGAUAAUGAUGAUUAAACUAUUAGAGAAAUACAAAAAGGAAAGGAAAUUGCUAUUUCUUUAGUAAACUCACAUUUUUCUGCUUUAGAAGAAUAGUAUAAAUAAUAUUUAGAAUAAUAAUCGAAUUAUGUAUAAACAUUUAAUCAAUUGCAAGAAAGCAUUAAAAAUACAAUGAAUGAACUAGAGCAUCUAAAUGUUGGUUUAGAAAGCUCUAAUUUAAUAUCAUUUAUAAAAAAGAUUUGCACUAUGGAUUUAAAAAAAACUUUAUUGAAAUACAAAAAAACAAUGAAAAAUCUAUAAAACAAAUAAGCUAAUUAAUAAAUAAUGGUUUAACUAAAUUAAGCAAACUUAUAGCAUAUUCAAACAUCUUUAAACAAUUAUGCUAAACUAGAUAUUAUUCCAUUAUAAAAUACGAUAUUUCUCAGUCAAAGUCAUGUUUCUCAAUUUUAAGAAAGUUAUCUUUAAUAAAAUGAGUAUUUUAAAGGUAAAUAUAAAUUACUCCACUUUUUUGAAAUUGGAAAAUCAACAUUAUGGUUAUAUGACUUAAGUUUACCAGAACAGAUUUGGAGACCAGUAUAAAUAUCAAAUUAUGUUGAUGUAUUACCAUAUUCUAAAUCAAUAAUGACUCCUGAAGGAUAAAUUUAUUUAACAGGAGGUUCUAUUUAAAGUAAUAAAAAAAGUGGAAAGAUUUAUUAAUUUAAUUUCUCAAACUAUUAACUAUAAGAAGUAGGAUAAAUGACUUAUGGAAGAAGUUCUCAUGGAUUAACAUGGAAAAAUAAUGAGUUAUAUAUAAUUGGAGGUUAUCUUGACAAUUUAGUAAUUACUUAAAAUUGUGAAGUUUUUGAUUGUAUUAACAAAAGAACUAGACGAUUACCAAACUUAAAUAAUGCAAUUGCAUCACCAAGUGUUUGUAUUUUUAAUGAUACAAUAACUGUUGCAGGAGGAUUAAGUAAAAUUAAUAAUUAUCAAUCUAGUUUAGAAUUUAAAAAUUAAUCAAUAAAUUGAAUUUUUAAUGAUUGAUCGAUGGGUUCCUUGUACAGUUACAUCAUAAUUACAUUUAGCUUCAAUGAUGUGCUCAAUUUAAAUUGAAUAAAAUUAAUUAAUGAUAUUUGGAGGAUAUUAUGAAAAUAAUAAAGGAUCUAAAGAAUGUGUUAUAUUAGAAAUUAAUGAAACAACAGCUAAAGUAUUGGAAACUAAAUAGCUUCCACAGGCUGAAGGUUUUUGGAAUAACAAUCCUUUAAUAUUUUAAGGUAGAAUUUGGGCUUUGCAAAAUAUUGUAUAAGACAUUCAUGGGAAUUGCUCCUAGGAUUAAAGAAGAAUACUAAUAUUUGAUGGGUUAAAUUGGAAAUAAUCAUGA